GGCGACUGCCCUUGUCAACCGGAGCCUGAGCGAUCAUGGCAACCGGUUCGGGAGGGGAGCGCGCGGCAGCGGCGGCAGCGACGGCAGUUUGGUCGGGGGCCGGGGCGGCGGAGCGGCGGCGGCGGCGGCUCCGUCACUGGCGUUGGCACCAGCCCUGAGGGCCAUGCUGCGGGGCAGUCCCGAGAGGGAGUUGGCGGCCUGGUGGGAGGCGGAGGCCGUGGCCGCGACCAAAGCGCAGGCGGCGAAGGAGCAGGUCCGCGUGGACCCGGGCGCGGCCGGGGAACCGGAGCGCAAGGCGAGGGAGGAGCAGCCCAAGGAGCCGGUCCCGGCGCCACCCUGCGCGGCCGAGGAAGGUGACGCCCGCAUUCUUCCGCGGCCGCCGCCAACGCUGCCCGUGUCCCUGACGAAGCCGGAGCCGGCGUCUGGUCUCUGCCCGCACGGGAAGUCUAGGAUCAAGGGCCGCAGCUGCAAGCGGAGCUCGGGCCAGUCCGACGAGUACUGCUCUCUGCGGCCGGUCACCGUGGACAGCUCCAAGGCCAGGACCUCCCUGGACGCCCUGAAGAUCAGCAUCCGCCAGCUCAAGUGGAAGGAGUUCCCAUUUGGCCGACGCUUGCCUUGUGACAUCUACUGGCACGGAGUUUCAUUUCACGACAAUGACAUAUUCUCCGGUCAAGUGAACAAGUUUCCAGGCAUGACGGAGAUGGUGCGGAAAAUUACACUGAGCAGAGCUGUGAGAAUCAUGCAGAAUCUCUUUCCAGAGGAGUACAACUUCUACCCUCGCUCAUGGAUUCUGCCUGACGAGUUCCAGCUCUUUGUGGCUCAGGUUCGGAUGGUGAAAGAUGGGGACCCCUCCUGGAAGCCCACUUUUAUUGUGAAGCCUGACAGUGGUUGUCAGGGAGACGGGAUCUACCUCAUCAAAGACCCCAGUGACAUCCGCCUGUCGGCGACGCUCCAGAGCAGGCCGGCGGUGGUCCAGGAGUACAUCUGCAAGCCCCUGCUCAUCGACAAACUCAAGUUUGAUAUCCGUCUGUACGUCCUACUAAAGUCUCUAGAGCCCUUAGAGAUCUACAUAGCCAAAGACGGACUCUCUCGGUUUUGUACGGAGCCAUACCAGGAGCCCAGCCCCAAAAACCUGCACCACAUCUUCAUGCAUUUGACCAACUACUCCCUGAACAUCCACAGUGGGAACUUCAUCCAUUCGGACAGUACUAGCACAGGCAGCAAAAGGACUUUUUCUAGCAUUCUCUAUAGGUUGUCCUCCAAGGGGGUUGACAUCAAGAAAGUCUGGUCCGAUAUCAUCUCCUUGGUGAUCAAGACCGUCAUUGCCCUGACCCCAGAACUCAAAGUGUUCUACCAGUCGGACAUCCCCGCAGGGAGGCCAGGCCCCACCUGCUUCCAGAUUUUAGGCUUUGACAUUCUUCUCAUGAAAAAUCUGAAGCCUAUACUACUUGAAGUAAAUGCAAAUCCCAGCAUGAGAAUCGAACACGAGCAAGAACUCUCUCCAGGGGUGUUUGAGAACGUCCCCAGUCUUGUUGAUGAAGAAGUGAAAGUGGCCGUGAUCAGAGACACUCUGCGUCUCAUGGACCCACUUAAAAAGAAAAGAGAGAGCCAGUCUCAGCUGCUGGGGAAGCCGUUAGCCUCAAAAGAAAAUCCUCCACACAGCGAUCUGGCCAGCGCCUCACAGAGCAACGCCAACCCCGAUGCCCACCUGCCCUCCAUCUGCCUCAAGCAGGUGUUCCCCAAGUACGCAAAGCAGUUCAACUACCUGCGCCUGGUGGACAGGAUGGCAAACCUGUUUAUCCGCUUCCUGGGGAUCAAGGGGACGAUGAAGUUGGGACCAACAGGCUUCCGUACCUUCAUCAGGAACUGCAAGCUCAGCAGCAGCAGCUUGUCCAUGGCCGCGGUGGACAUCCUCUACAUUGACAUCACGAGGAGGUGGAACUCCAUGACCAUGGACCAGCGGGAUUCAGGGAUGUGCCUGCAGGCCUUUGUGGAGGCCUUCUUUUACCUGGCUCAGAGGAAGUUCAAGAUGCUGCCGCUCCACGAGCAGGUGGCCUCACUGAUCGACCUGUGUGAAUACCACCUGUCCUUGCAGGACGAGAAGCGCCUGGUGUGUGGCCGCAGUGGCAUAUCGUCAGGGAGCAGGCUCCAGCCCAGCGCCACCCCGCAGGAGGCCGCGCCCGCAGCCCCGCCAGCCGAGGGCCGGCCCCAGCCCUGCACAGACGGCGCCCACAAGGUCUCCCACUCCAGACACAGUCUGUCCUGAGGGCCGCUCUGUCUUCCCGGAAGAAGGUUGAGCCUGAAAGACGCCACCCCCGGGCUUCCUGCUGGUGGAAAGAUGGCAGGAUGCUAAGUCCCAGCCCGAGAUCCUGCUCUUCGUCUCCACGUUCUGCUGAGCUGCGCUUGGCGAGCCCGCCUGAUUCUCGCCCGCUCUCCUCCCCAGCACCUCUUGGUGGCCCACCUGCUCGUGAGCCAUCAGCGGACAUAUGAUAUGCAAAAUGUGGCAGAUGGCCUCUUCUCUUCUGGGCUCGUGGGAAGCCACACCUGGGGAUAAAAAGCUGCUGUGUUUGGGGCAGGGUGGGGGCACCAACAACCCCAAGAUGGAGAGCCAUGGAGAGGAAAGAACUCGAGGCAUUGGAGUCUGGGGUCUGCCCCCGGGCCCCUUCCCCCACCCAGAGAGAAUAUGGUUAGAGCUUAGGAACAUCAUGUUUGACUUCCUACCACCCCGUUCUGUGAAAAUGAAUUGGAAAUACCCAGGAGGCCUGCGCGCUCUCCCACCCCAAUCAUGUGCUGCGUGGGUGCAGUUAACAGACCGACCUGGCUGAUUUCACGA